GAUGCAGAAUGUCGGAGAGCAGGGUCACAUGGCGUUGCUAGGACACAGCCUAGCAGCCUACAUCUCAGUGCUGGACAGGGAGAGACUCAGGAAGCUGAUCACACGCAUCGCYUCUGACACAACACUCUGGCUCUGCAGACUCUUCAGGUAUGAGAGUGGCUCAGCAUACUACCAUGAAGAUGACAGAGAGGGCCUGCUGAAGGUGUGUCGCCUGGUCAUCAACACCCGCUAUGAGGACUACUCCACAGAGGGCUACACCGUGCUCAACUCCAGACAGCCUGUCAUUUACCAGAGCGCCACCUGCAGGCCUGGCCUGGGACAGCACCUCUGCAGCCAACUGGGUCUGCCUCUGUCCAGCCUGUGCACCGUCCCCUGUAACACCAUGUUUGGAUCCCAGCACCAAAUGGACAUUGCGUUGCUGGACAAGCUGAUUAGAGAGGAUGUGGAGACUGGGAAGCUUCCAUUGCUGUUGAUUGCCAACGCUGGCACCCCUGGGCGGGACACACAGACAAGUCAACUUGGCCACCCUGGCUCUGGGGAGGUCUCGUCCGUGACGGCGGCCACCAGGAGUGACAGUAUGACCCUGACCCUGGGUCCGUGGCUGGGCCUGCCUGCUGUCCCAGCUGUCACCCUCUACAGACACGAGGACCAGCCCUGGUACGCUUUCUCUUCCUGUUCUCUCUUCUUUGCUGUUGGGUUGCCUUGGUUACAGGGUGUGGUGUCUCUCUCUCGGAUCCCGCCGAUCUCAGGGGGCUCUCUACGGGACUUGCUGGGCUCUCUCAUUCUGUCUAUUGUGGAGGAUGAGCUCAACUCUCCAGUAGUAGUGUUUAGGUUCUCCCAGGAGACCAGUGCAGAAUCCAGUGGUGGUUCUGUGGAGGGCUACUUUGCUGGAGAGAGAGAAGUGCUAGAUUCCCUCAACAGAUGGCUGUGUGAGCGGUUGGCACAGCUGGUGCCCGCCAGCGGGGUAGACAUAGUGGAGUUGGAGGACGAGGGCACCUGUGUCCGCUUCACCCCUCUUAUGACCGCCGCAGCCCUGGGGACCCAGAGGUGUGACGUGGAUCUGCUGGUGGAGCGGUUGACUGAGCUGGUUCCUGUGCUGAACUGUACGCUGCGUCUCAGACUGGACUUCAGAGAGGAGGUGUACCGCCACUCUGCCCUCAGUUACAUAGAGGACCUCAGCUGGCCUGGCCUGGGAGCCGUCAGGUAUGAGCCGAGGAUUGAGGAGCUGAACGACAGUAAGAGACAGUUGGAGGUGGAGAAGAUCAACAGUGAGCUGCUGGUGAAACUAGGGGAUCUGGAUGCAGACCUCAUCUUCUCCACCGGCCUGGAGUUCGGACCCGAGAAGGACUGCAUAUUUAUUGGCAUGGCAACGGAGGACCUAGACGUUGCAGAGCUAGUGGAUACGAUAGCCGCCCUGGGGAGGGACAUAGAGGAAAACGGCAGGCUAUUAGAGAACAUGACAGAGGUGGUGAGGAAAGGCAUCCAGGAGGCAGAGCUCCAGCUCCAGAAAGACAACCAGGACAAACUCAUGGAGGAGGGUGUGUUGAGACAGAUUCCUCUGGUCGGCUCCGUGUUGAACUGGUUCUCUCCGUUCCAGAGCACUGUGAAGGGCAGAACCUUUAACCUGGCUGCAGGUUCCCUGGACUCCACAGAGCCCAUCUACUCCAUGAAGGCCCAGACAGGUGGGCUGGCGUCGCCAGAAACCCCUACCUCCUCUGCCAAGAGACUGCCAGGACAGAGGCUGUUCCGGCGCGAGGGUGCAGGGGGCUCUGACUCCCACAGUGAGACAAGCUCCGUGGGCCAGGCUGAGGAUCUCUCCAGGGAGAGGUUCCCACAACCCACCACACCCAACCCACCUUCCCCUGUCCCAGACGAGGCGGUUUCCGUGGCCCUGAGAGUCCAGAGACCCCCCAGGUGCUGGCUGAACCCGAGCCCACGCAGGAAACGGCGAGGUGGGUACACAGGAAGGGAAGAGGAGGAGAGACGGCCUGAGGGACAGGAGUUUCACCAGUGGAGGAGACGGGCAGAUAGGACAGCCACCAGGGCAGGGUUAUUUGAAACCAGCUCUGAAAGGUUCCAGGCCAGUCCAGCAGGUGUUGCAGAGCAGGGAUURAUUCCAUUCUCAAAUAAUUCUCCCUUGCAUCUUUUCUUGACAACUGUCUCCUUAUAGAUCUAAAGGGACUGGAAACUUUGAUGAGAGAUAAUUAGACAGCUACGGCUUCACUUAGCCUACCAGAAGGGUAGGGAGUGCUUUUGGCAUUUUAUCUCUACUUUAUUCUUUCUUUCCAGUCCCUUGAUGACUGGGAGAGGUCAAGGACAACGGGAAGGAACCAGGAUUUCAGAAUGGAAUCCAGCCUUAGUCUCUAGGGUUGUGUCUGAGGACUCAAUCAUUGUGGGUUAAUAAYUAACUAUGUAGGAGUAGGACCUAAGAACUCUGGUCAAGCAGGAACUACACCUGAGGCAGGGAGUCAAAGGUGAAGGGUCGUCUGAGGACUUCCUGGUUCAUGGCCUCCACUCUACUUCAGUCGGUCUCGUCAUGGCCCGGAGGUAAAACAGCUUAUAUGCAAGCCAAGUAACGUGUGACUAACACUGGAAAUAAAACAAUUUUAGUUUGUAUGUAAUGUAUGCACACCUAUUUCUAUCCACUCAAUCACCAUCAUGAUCAGUAAAACCAGAUCUAUAUAGAGGGAAAUGUAGUAGAAAAAUGAAAGCAUACUGUGAUAUGAAUUGAACGAGAGAAUACUCACAUCCACCCGCUUCUGAUCUUUAAACACACCCACAGUAUAUGUGCACUACCCCAAUAGACCGUCCAUGGUUUGUCAAACACCCUCCUGUUAAUUUUUGCACAUACUUGGGUCUGAUUGGUGUAUGUUUAGUUUUUUUUUACAAUAUAAAUGUAUGUUUUUAAUAAUCUGACCAAUGGGGCUACAUUUUCCUUACAAGCAAAGUCUUGCUUAACAUGCAUUCUGAGGAAAUUUCCUUUGCCAAAAAAUAUAGUGGCUGUAAGUUAUGUUGACGUUUCCUGUGAGAAAGACAUACUGUAGCCUAGUAGCUAUUAUAAUGCCUAGACUGAUGAUAGCAUAUUUGCAGGUUAAAGGAUUUGGUUUCAAUGCAGGGUUGUUUAAAAAUAUAUAUAUAUUCCAUUUGUUCUGUCCAUUAUUACUGCACUACCUUAUUUAAUGUUGCACAUAGUCAUUACAUUUUUUUAAUUCUCAAAAUAAGUCUAUAAUUUGUUGCAAUAACUACUUUGAUGAAUUAUGAUUCCUGACUUGAAAUGACACAACAAUAUUUCCGUCCUGCUUCCAUUACACUCUCUUUGAUUUCACAUACCUUUUCUCUAAGCCCUUUGUCAAGGAUCCAGUUUUAUGUUCCUUCCAUACCAUUAACUUCUCUCURUUGAAGACAUCUAGAGAAUUUAACUAUUCUCGACCUACAGCUCUAAGGGGGUUUACGACAUGUUUUGUACACAGUUGUAAUUAUUGAAAUGAUAGGGGUUAUAUUCUCGUUGUCCAAUCAUAUUUCUGCUAUGUAGUCAUAAAAUUUGGGAGAACUUUAAUGACCUAGGGUGUCAGUAGACUACUGACAUUKCAAUGACUUUCAAAUGUGAUGAAUCAUUUGCUUAUAAAACUGCUUUUGUAUCCACUGUACAACACUGUGCCGUUAGACAUUUUUAUAUCCAAAGCAGACAGAAUGGAAUGAGCUUAUACUUUAAAGUUUUUCUUAACUUAGGAUGUGCACUUAACUUGAAAAUACAACCGUAARUGUUGUCUUCUGAAUUGAUACUAUAAAGAUGAUCUUGGUUCACUGAUAUAAUUUCCAUUUGUUGUAUAUCUGUUUAAUGUCGUAAGGCUUUGUUAUUAUGUCUUUAUCGCCUUUAUUGAGGACAUUGUUUUCAUAUUCAUUAAACAUGUAAGUACAUGUUACUUUUUAUUCUGCUCCUAAUCAGCAAUUCUGGUGCAAUAUUCUACUCAUAGCAAAGGAGAAAAAUAACUGAUAUUUAAUGUUGAACUGGGAGUGUUAUUUUUGAUACACCAUUAAUUUAGUUUUCUGAAGUGAAAAUAUUUAAUAGAUUCAUGUUUUAAGGACAUAGGUGGUUGAAGUACUUACUGCACUAAUCUCAUUGAAGUUCAAUGCCUGUUUCUCAAAGAUGUCUGAAAAAACACUGGUCAAAUGUAAUUUCAUGGGAUGGAAAGAGGGAUGUAUUGAAGAAUCCAAUCAGCUUUAUUAAAACAUGAUAUAAAA